AUGGUGUGGCUGCCUCCUCCUUUAGGUUUUUUCAAACUUAACAUUGAUGGGGCUUCUAGGCAGAAUCUGGGUAGUGCUGGUUGUGGGGGUAUUAUUUGGAAUGAUGCAGGUGGAUUCAUUGCAGCCUUUGCGAUUUCACUGGGUAUCAAUUCUAAUAACACAACUGAAUUCUAUGCACUUGAGAGGGGUAUUUCAUUGGCGAUGGAGUUGAACUGUGUAUCCAUUGUUAUUGAAAGCGACUCUAAGCUUCUUGUUGAUUUUAAGGUCCAACAUGCUUAUAGGGAAGCCCAUAUGGUUGCGGAUUCUUUGGCCAAAGCAGUGAAGCUCUCUGCAGUUAAGCUGAAGCAAAAGAAUGAAGAUUUUGUGGAUAUGUCUCCAGGCCUUUCAGUUAAGCUCAGUACUUUCGACGACUAA